GGAUGGAGGUCCUGACCCUGCUGGGGCAUGACCACAGGAAUAAAGCCCUGAUUCUCCCCGGAUCAAGUGCAGACUCUUUCCCUUGCCAUUGACGGACACCUGCUCUGUCUAAAGGAAAAGAGAGGUCUGAUGUGGACAGGGGUUGUCCAGCUCCCGCCCAGGAAGAGGAGCAGUUUGUGCCGCAGCACUGGGCUUGUUGCCGCAAAGCAGACACAGGUGAGGCAAGAGCACCUGUAGAGGUGGAACUCCCAAAAUGGAGGAAAUUAGAGUUUAUUCUGGAUUUUUGGGAAUGGAAAGGAGUAAGCCGGCAGGUCACAGCAUGGAGAUGAAACCAGAGGCACGUGUUGCCUGUCAGGUGAUGCUGGCAGUGCUCUUCACGGCUCUUUUCAUCACAGCCAUCGCUUUUGCAGUGGAGGCUUUUCAGCCUCAUGCCCAGCCCUGCUUUCAGUGUCCAUUCGACUGGAUCUGGUACAGAGAAAAAUGCUACUAUUUUUCUGAGGUUGAGGGGAACUGGACAUCCAGCCAGGACAACUGCUUGGCACUUGGUGCUUCCUUGGCCAUCCUGGACAGCAAGGAGGACUUGAGCUUUGUGAUGAGAUACAAAGGCAUCUCAGAGCAUUGGAUUGGCCUUUCACGGGAGGAUGUGGAGCAGCCAUGGCAAUGGGUGAACCGCUCACCUCUAUCUCACCUGUUUUGGAUCCGUGGUGAUGAGCUCUGUGCUUACCUGGAUGACAAUGGGCUCAGCUCUUCCCACUGCAGCACUGAGAGGAGCUGGGUUUGUAAUAAACAUGAGCUGCAGAGCUCAAGCAAGGGCAACAGGAUGAGACGGCCUCCAAACCUCUGUGUCAGCUCCUUGGGUGCUGCAGGGAGACCUUCUCACUCCCAGAUAUCUGGUGCACCAUAGAGACAUGAAAGGAAAUCUCAAAAAGGUUUUGAGCUCCCUGGGCAAAGGGUUAUUGGGGGGGAGGUAGGAUCCAGGGGACCAACAAGGUGUUUCUGGAACAAGGCAGACUUUGGGGAUCCA